AUGAACAAAAGGUUAAAUGAAUACUCUUUGAAUGUUUAUCAAGUAGUUUGCUUGGUUAUUGGAUUGUGUUGUGUCUGGUGUAGUGCUGUUAGGAAUUCAGAUGAGAUGGGGUUGGCUGAUAUAUCUAAAAGGAUCAUGUUAGAUAUAGAUAGUCAAGUAGAAUCGGUUUAUGCUGCGAUAACCAAUGCAAUAAAAGAGCUGGGGAUCUUAAGGAGGAAUCAAACAAAGCAAAUAUAUCGAAUAAAGCAGUGCCAACAGAACCUCGAGGAAGAAAAACAAGAAGCUUCUGAGAACAUGAACUCAACCCAAAGUGAUUGCAGCUUCUCUGACAAAUCAAUAGAGAGACUCAGGCAGGAGGAGGUUUAUUUGAUAUCUCAACUAGUCAGAGAAGAAGUAAUACAUACAAGCAUCGCUGUAAUUAUCCGGAAACUAAAUGAAUGGUUAUCUGAAUGCAGGGAUGGCCAGGUGCAAAAGGAAUCGCGAAUAACGAACAUAGGUAAGCUAGCUAAUCAAGUAAAACAACUAAACAAAAUUAAGGAUAACCCAACGGACCUACAAACACAAUCCCCCGAUUCAGAAAGAAGCAUAGUUGAAAGUGCUCUAAUCAAGAAAGGCACCUACUACUAUCCUAAUGCAUUAAAAACCCGGUUCAAAGCGAGAAUGGUAAAAGAACUAAUGAAAAUGGUACCUAAGAUUGAUAUAUCAGCAUGUGUCGAACUAACUGAAAUUCUGGAUUCAGAGAUAUAUAGUUUAUUGAAAAAUGAUGAACUCAAAAGCCUCGACAACAUAUCUAUGAUAAUCAGAAAAUCGUUAGUUUGGCUUGAUGGGAGAUCUAAAAACAUGGAAGUCAAAAGUGAAAGUGUAAGUGAACAGGAGCCCACUGAUCCAGAACCCUAUAAUUCAAGAACUCAAUCAAUACCAACCCAAACUAACGAAUCAGGCAUGGACGGUAAACUUCACUCACUAGUGAAUCUGUUUAUCAAGAUUCUACAUCGUCUUCUGAUGACGAUAUAA